AUGCCUCCUAAUACUAAUACUUACACCCGUACCUUAAUUGUGGCGUUAAAGUCACCUUCUAUUGGAAAGUCUACAUCGCAGAUCUCUAAGCUUACUAGUAUUCUUCCUUAUACAGUUAAUCGUAUCUAUAGUAGAGCUAUUNAGGCUGGUUUUGAGCCAAACGUUCUUCCUCUUAAGAUCCUCCCAGAGCGUGUACAAGACGCCCCUCGCUCUAGUCGACCUUUAAAGCAGACGGAUGAGGCGAAGGAGCAGAUAAUCUAA